AAAGCUCUCCGUAAGUCGCAGCCUGUUUAGUUCACCGGACGCUGGCGAGAGUCUUCAUGUGGCGACUUCGUAUGUGGCCCCGCAUCCCGCACAGGAGGCCCCGGGCCCUGGGAGUUGGGCCCCGCCGCGACGCUCCCCAAUGAAGUCCCACCCCCAUGGGGCCUGGUGGCACCUGGAAACAGACCCCGUAGUGGCAGUGUCCAGACUCUGACCACCCGGUAACAACCCCCGCCCCCCCUUACCGUCUCCGGAAGAAGGAACUGCGUGUCCUGCUAGGCCCGGCCGACCGCAUCGACGGGUGCCACACCGCCGGCGGCGGAGUCGGAUCAGAGCCAUGGGCAAGCAGAACAGCAAACUGAAGCCCGAGGUCCUGGAGGACCUCCGGCAGAACACCGAGUUCUCGGACGCCGAGAUCCAGGAGUGGUACAAGGGCUUCCUCAAGGACUGCCCCAGCGGCCACCUCUCCAUUGAGGAGUUCAAGAAGAUCUACGGCAACUUCUUCCCCUACGGGGACGCGUCCAAGUUCGCCGAGCACGUGUUCCGCACCUUUGACGCCAACGGGGACGGCACCAUCGACUUCCGCGAGUUCCUGUGCGCGCUGAGCGUGACGUCGCGCGGCCGCCUCGAGCAGAAGCUCAAGUGGGCCUUCAGCAUGUAUGACCUGGACGGCAACGGCUACAUCUCGCGCCAGGAGAUGCUGGAGAUAGUCACGGCCAUUUACAAGAUGGUGGGGUCUGUGAUGAAGAUGCCGGAAGACGAGUCGACGCCCGAGAAGCGCACCGACAAGAUCUUCCGGCAGAUGGACAAGAACAUGGACGGCAAACUGUCGCUGGAGGAGUUUAUUGAGGGCGCCAAAAGUGACCCUUCGAUUGUGCGGCUACUUCAGUGCGACCCUCAGUCCUCCCACUGAUCGCCGCCGCCACUGCCUCCCGCCGCCGCCGCCGCCACUCCUCCUCCUUGCGCUGCCCGGCCCACUCACCGGUGCAUCGAGCUGCCGCCGCCGCUCCCGCCAGAUCAACCAAUCACGACCGAGCAUGAAAGCUGUCUCCUUUUUAUUUAACGUUUCACCGGGGAAGUCACGUCCUGCCUGCUUUUCUCCCUCCCUGUCACUCUUGUUCUUGCUCAUCUACUAAAGCGACGCUUUCUCGAGUUUUGUCAAACGUGACCUUUUGGUGACGUUACCAGAUGGGGCUGUGUCUUUGAGUGACAAGUUGUGACGGUGCGUUGCUGUUGGCGUACGAUAAUUUACCGGUCUACGAAAGUAGAUGGCUCAUAUCGUUUCGUUCGUUUCAACCUUAAUUGCCGGAAGGCUUGAGGUUCAGUUGUCAGCAGUCUUGACUCGAUCAGUGUGAAGACAGCAGCUUAAAUUUAGCAAGUUUAGGCUGUACGGAGACAAAUAUUGAAUGCUGUGAAAGGAAGACGCAUUAAAACUAAUGCGGACAAGUCAGGCCAGCCAGAAAUCUCGAACACCCUCUGCAGGAGUGUUUAUAUGCGUGUAAACAUGCUUUUUGUCAGUGUUGCGUCUGUGUUGCAUGCAUAGACAUUUAUGCUUUGUGUGUAAUCUGGUAGUCUAUCUCUGAAUUCAUUAUUGCUUUAACUACAAUUAAGUCUUGCUCAGCCAUUCGUUCGCAGUUACACAGUUGAACGAGCCAAGGUCUGGUCAUUCGUAAAUGUGAACACUUGUUGAGAGACCGCUGUCACGCUUGACUAAUACAAUACAUUUUCUGUGGCAGCAAGGUAUUGAAUGUAUCUGUUGGGUUCAAACUUGUACAAAAUGAUGAUUUCAAUGCAAGAAGCAAGAAGUACUAAAGAAGAGCGAUAAAAAAUUAUAUUUUUGUGGCCACAUUCACCUCAAUGCGGAUGAUGCAAAAGCAAAGCAACCAAGUGAAGAGUCAUCAGCUUAAGGUUGUGAAAUUGCAGGGGCUUGCACCUAUAGACGGCUUGCACUGACUUCAUUGAAGCCUCUGUAAUGUAGCACGAGCACAGUGGGACGCUGCGUUUGUGACGUCAAUAUAAUGUCAUCAAUGCGCAAUGCACCACGUGGCUCGUCAGCCAUUAUUCUGGCACUGGGUUGCGUAUCAUCCCCAGCGUUUACUUUCCUUCAUACUCAAGUGCAAUAGUUUUUCUCGACUAGCGUCAACCCACGCAUAAGUUUCUUUACGUAAAAAGUUUCUGAAAACGCUUGCUAGAAUUCUUUGGCUCAGACUGCUGGUUCUAUUUCAAAAGGAGCACUGAAAUGGCGUUAGUAACUUCUCAUGUUUCUGUUUCCACGAGUCGAAAGUUGAGACCUUGUAAGCGUGAAGAAUAGCGGCAAGCGUCGGAGCAUUUUAAUUGGUCUACUUUAAAUGCAUGUUUCUAUGAGAUGGCUUUAGUUUCUGCGGCAAGGAUAUGUAUGCAUCAUGGUAGGCUCGCUCAUAUUGUUCCUGCAUUCUCUAUAGCCACUAUAUCGGGAACAGACAGAAUAAAUGCGUGCAGUGCACUGGCCAGCUCUCCUAUCAUACGUCAGUCUCUUUACCACUUGUCGGCCAAUUCAUCUCUGUGCUAAGCAAUGCGAUGAUAUUAUUGAUAAUGCAAGUCGGGGGCAAAUUUCGGCAUGAAAUGCAUUUGCAAACUUCUUGGUUUGAUAUUUUCUAAGGCAAACGCUCAUGUGCGUGGGUGAGAGGCAUGUUGUGAAGUUUGUACAAUUUAAAAAAGUUUCAGUGGCUACCUGAGCCUUGGCAAGUGGUCGCACUGCCAACUUCAUUCCAUGUUUCACGAAUUUUUAAUUUUUCUUUUGGUUUCGUGCUUCGGUGGCCAAUAAUGCACCUGAACACCGUUCGAUCUGGUUUCCCGAGUCACAGGAGGGUGCCCACUGUGGAGACCGGUGGGCUCCAGUGGUGUUCUUAGCCUCCAGUGUUUGCCGACUGAUUCGAGGUUGGGCAAAAUCUACCACCACUCGCUCUGCAUGUAGUAGUACGAUACGCCGCGCCCGUGCGGCUGUUCUUACAAUUUUCGCGUGUGAGUGGAGAAAUUAGAGCGGUACUGUCACCGGCUGUAGUACCGCUGCAACCCGACUACUCAAUGACUUGCAACUUUCGGUCUCUUUCGUGCGCGAUUUUUCGGGACAUUUAUGUGACUGCACUGCCGUGAGCACAUUAUUGGCGCGCGAUGUUUCGCUUCUACUUGUUAUGCAGAAGUGAUGGCUGUUGAGGCAUUGACUAUCAUUUACGGACAUCUUUAUUUAAGAUUGCAUUUUGUGUGUCAGGCUGUAAACUUCUUGAAUGUUGUUUUGGGUGCUCUAAAAUAUGUCUGCCGCGAAUGUCUCAAAGAUGCACAAUUCCACAAGGUUUGUGCAUAUGCCAUUUCCUUAUUGCUCCCAUUUUUUUGCUCAAAUAAUUAUUUACGUAGCUCCUCUGGCUUCUUACUUGGGCUUUUGUGAGAUUGUGUAUUGAGAAUACCUUUAGAAUCGUAUAACGAUGCGCAAGGCCGCAUAAUCAUCGUAGCUCAUUCUUAGCUCGGGGUCGAUGACCAUCGCGGCUUCUCAAAAGUGGCAUUUCAGUGCUCUCAACUUCUAGGGUUAUGACGCAGUUUAAUAUUGUAUCCAUAUUCUUAACAGACCUUUUGUCAUUCUUAUUUGAUUGUUUCUGUGCAUUCAAAACCUCAGUUUAGUCUGUUGUAUUUCUCUCGCUCCUCUUUUGAUGUGGUAGCAUUGAAAGCAUAUGUUUCUGAUGCAUUUAAGUUUUUGAUGCAGUAGCAUCGAAAAUGUGAAUUCAUUUGCUUAAAGGAGCACUGACACAAAAAUUUUGAAGGUGAGAUAACUUGUGGGAUAGAUUUGUGUCGGAAGAUAUUUAAAAUCAAUUUUAAAGUAUGUGUCGCGCCACUUCACACAAAAUGUGCCUUUGGUUUUCGUGACCUGCGUCAUGAGUUUGUGUUGGCUGCCACGAUCCUUGCAAGCGCUUUCUCCUAGCAGACCUUUUCAACGGAAGAGGGGGCAAAUUUGUGCGGGAGCACAAAGGCUGAUGUCCUUGCCUUGGCAGUGCAGUUUUGGGGGUCACGCAUAUUUACAACACCUCAGAGGAGAUUAUAAGCAGCACCCAAGAAACCUUCGUUGAAAAGAGUUGUCAGCGUUGAUCAUUUGCACGCAGUUUUGUGCUAACAGUAGCCAGCUAUGUUUACACGAAAACCACUACGGGCCCCACCUCACUCGGUGCUUUCUGAAACUGAAACUGCAACUGGGUGCUAUGAAACCGUCUCCAAAUAAUUAACCGUUGUGCGCUUGAGUAAACGAGCUUUCCAACCAUGAUAAGUGGGUUGUUAGCUGCUGAGUGCAACAGCCAAAAACAAGAUGCAGAAUUUUUGCGUCAGUGCUCCUUUAAGAUGUAUUAUGUAAAACGCUUGACAUUUACAUAAAACAAACAUAAUAUUUGUUGCGUAAACAGUUCUGUUAACAAACGUAACACGUAAAUUUACCUAAAACAAACAUGAAACCAUUUACGUUUCUGGUGCAAUAGCAUCAAAAAACAUAAAUGCUUACAGCAUCAAAUUUCAUCAUGCCUAUUCUGCAAAGAAGCAAAUUGACUUGAAGGACCUUGAUUUUAGAAUGUCAUUCUUUUUUUUUUAUGUGUAUUUCAGGAACGUUUGCUCACUUUUAUUGAGGCGUCUUAAAGAGAGGCAUCUGUGGGAGUUGUUUGGUUAUCGCGAUAAAGUUUGCUAUCAACAGCCCCAUGCAGUUUUGACUCUGUGCCACUGUCUACUUAAAUGCUCUUCUUGUUUCGCUGCAGCAACUUUUUUUUAGCAUACGACUGACCUAUCGAAAAGUCCUUUCCCUUCCCACUCCUCACCUGUUUCCGUCUUUCCCAGUGAUUUUUUUAUGCGCCUUAGGCGUGAUGCCCGGUGACUGUAUACCUGUAAAUGGUGCUUUCACAAGGUCUACCAGGAAUUCGCGGCUUGGAGAAAGGUACAGAAAGGCUCUCGUGGAGUGGCAUCAAUCUCAAGGUCGUUUGCGCCGAUGGCGCCUUUCCCGUUGGCUCGGUGUGGCAACGCAGUCUUUCCAGCGCUUGCCGCGAGGCUUUGUAUAGCGUUGGCGACGUCGUCGGCAGACAAAGCAUGAAGCACGAUGACCAGCGAUGCAGACGUCACUUCGGUCUUGUUAAACAUGGUGUGGGGCUUGGGUGCAACGCUGAAUGGAAAGACGAGAAGUUGGAGCCAGGCAUUGCUCAAAGGUGUCACGACGCGGACGGACAGCAGAACACGACAUAAGAAAACAAAAGUGCAACGGCACUGUACCCGCUGCGGGUUUUUCAAACACGAUGCGACUGUGAGCAUUUUUGUUUUGCGUUGCAGACUGCGUGUAUAAAAUAAUGCGCUCGAAUCAAGGAUAGCCAGGAGGAAAAGGCUGUGCUCAUUUGCGUGACGGUACGAUAACCUCUGAAGUGACACUACUUGGUGUCUUAGCAUUUUUGCAUACAGGCGCCGCGCUCCGUUGGCAUUGACACAGGCCUGAGUGCAUUACAGUUGCUGCGCUUCGCGUCGAGUGGUUAGUUGUGACGGCUUUCUCCCGCGCUUUUCUCUGUUUUUACAUAACAUCGUCCGGUCGCCUGCACAUGUUGGAUCAUGCACGGAUCUCCGCUGCCUCUUGUCUGUUGACGUUUCCCGAGUUGACGUUUCCGGAUCUUUUUUUCAAUUUUCUUCUCCAAACCGUGUCUCAUAGGAUUACUGUCACACCACCUUCAAAAAGCCUCUUGCGUCAUCAUCAUGCUUGGGAGGAAAGAAAGACCAUAAGUUGUAAUUGGUGCAUACUGGGAGCGUGCCACAAAAACUCAGACUGUCAUUCUGCAAUGUCUUGCAUUUGCGUUCCCCGUGCGCCAUGCCCAAGCGGGUCCUUUCGACCGUGACUUGCAUGGUUGCCAGCCGUUUUUCUUUGUUCUUUUCGUUUAAUUUUGGCGGUGGGAUAAAAGCCGGCGAUGUACCGGCUGUACAUGCAACGCGACGGGUCAGUCAUGUUGCGUAUUCUUUAGACGACUCUGUUGCUAUCACCGUGCAUCCGACUUUAUGGGGCAGUUUUAAACUCGGUGUGCCGUCAUUACAGCCUCUCGAGCGAAGGUGUAAUGUUCUUCGCUGUCUUCUUGUCAUACGUGAAAGUUGUUUACGCGAUUAUCUUUUGUAUCGGGUGAUUUUUGUGCUACUCGAAGACGUUUCGCAGUCGUCUCCUGUCGGUUCUGUUCAGACUGAACGUACCGCCGAAUCUCACGAGUCGAUCGUCUUUGCGAAAGGGAGCGCCGAAGCUUGAAGUGUGCUUCUGUGACUGCUGGUGCUUUUUGCGUUUUCAUGUAUUUUCUCGCUGUUUGCGCCGCUGCGCCUUCGUUGCGAUAAAACUAAUAAUAUUCCCUGAUUGUGUUCGCCUCCGCGGCGUUUGUGCUACACAUUUGCCCCCCCCCAUACUCCCCUGAGGUGUUUUCAUACUCAAGUUACUGCACGGCUUUUUUACAUUUAUUCCACAGACCCACUGAACCGAGUCACUGUGAAUGCUGACUUGAUCUGCAUUCUGUAACGUUGCUUCUGUGGACACUUGUAGUGCAAGCGUAUUUGUAGAGGCCCGCUCUUACAUGCGAGAUUCCGGUUUGGUGCCGGGAUGGUCACUUUACGUUACUCCCGCUUUGGAUUUCCGAGUCAUUGCUUGUGCUGGACUGUGUGUGCAAAACGUUUAGUGGUUUCUCUCUUUUUGUCGUGUACGUUUGUGUUCUGUCUCCCAGAAUGUGCACCAGUGCUUCAGUAGCUAGCAGACCUGACUUUAUGAAGACAUCUUGAUUAAGGGAGAUUCCUUUGUAAACACUUGCUGUUCAUUGAUAUGAAAACUCACGCUUUGCUUCAUGUUGUGUUCACAUGUUCAUUGCACAUUCCUGUGAUCAUGCUAUUGUUGACAUAAAAGCUAAAUCGAAAACGCUUUCCUUGUGGGCACAAUUUGAUUCCCCUUGUGACGUUAAUGGCUGAUCAAAGAGGCGACGAGAAACCAGCGCAGUUAAUCGCUGCUCACUUGCAAAAGUCCUGUGUUGUAGUCUGUAGAGGACAAGGUGCAAAAUCUCAAACAUGAGCAAGUUUUGCCUCAUUUUGCGUUUCACGCAUUCAAGGCAUGUACCAGUGUGUGUCGCGAGCCAACUUAUUCGGAAAGUGGUUGAGAACUGCCCGUGCUGCACGGCAAGCUAGGCUGGACCCCAAUGUACACGGGCAACAGGGUUAAUGUUGUAAUCCGAGGCGCACUAAAGCUGUUAUGAUGAUUAUGAACUCUCUCACCAAAUCAGAGACGAUUCUAUUUAACUUGUCAUUCUGUUCCAAACCUUUGAAGGUUAUUUUGGUCAUUAUGGACUGGGACACAGUUUGUGCUGUUGAUGUGGGUCGUUUGCAGGACUAUUGGUGGCAGCAUCACUUUUGGAUCUGUAACAGGAUCGUAACAGCAAAUAAUCGUGAGUCUGCUUCAGCAGCCACUCCCUUACUACUAGCUAUCUGCAAUCUAGUGUUGGAACAUUUUGCCUGUUUUCAUGACCGUGAAUAUGUGAAUGUAUGCAAACAUCAUAUGGGUUCCUGAUCUUUGUGGCAUCAAAUGCAAUCUAGCUAACUUGUACUCACUGGAACAUGUUUUACAAGCUAGCCUGUAUGCACACAUAGGAUGUUAUUGUGCAUAGCUACAAAGAACUGGAUAUUCAAGUUAGAGAGUUCGACAUUAACACCUCUCAAGGUCUAGGUGCAACUGAAACACUGGAAAAUGGUUCCUGUGUAAGAGUUUCAUUAACCUAGUUGGCCAGCUAAGGAUUCAUCAGAAGCUGUCAUAGCGCGAAGCGUGAAUCAAAGCUGACAUAAAAGCCAAUUCUGUUCAGUAAUAUAUUGCAGAAAGACAUGAGUGAACGUGAUCAAAAUUAAUAGCCUGAAGCUAUGCUUUGUACUGGUAUGACAUCCUUUGGAAGAACGGUAAUGGUUAGGCUUAUCAUGUGGCCCUAUUUUGCAGGAAAGACCUAGCUAAGUGUACACUGACAUCGGCUACUUUUGCGGACUUCUUUAGGCUGUCUAUUCGGCAGCGGAGCUUCACUGGGAAUAGACAGCCUAAUGAACAAGCCUAAUGGACAGCCCCGGACUAUGCUAGAACCAUGCUUGACUAUGCCGGAACACUUGGCAUACUACUAGACGUGGAACAAUGGCACAAAUGUGGUUAAUGGUUUUGGAUACGACUUCGUCUUUGGUCUGGAACAGAACGCGGUUACUGCUUCCGUCUUGUCUCGCACGAGGUUUAAUGCCAAUCGAACAGUAUUUCCCGCUGUCUUCCUGCCUGGCUACACUUCCAGUGCAUCGUGGCACUGCACCGCAAAUGUUCUCUUGUUCUCUCAUGAAGUAUUCGAGUUGUACUGCACUUGCUUAUUUUUUUUGAAAUACAAAUGACAGCAACCUUGAAGUAGGAGUGUUUUCCUUUUCCAUUUGUACCUUUUCAAGUGAAAGGUUGUGAAGUGCUUGUCCAGCUUAGCCGUAACCACUGUGUGUUUGCGUGAAAGGCAGAAUGCACCCACCUUCGAUUCACAGUUAUACAAUAUGCAGAAUGUAGAGUGAGUGUUUGUGGACAAACAGGCGCAUACUUUCAAUCCCUGAGAUUGCUACUUCUAGUCUGAUCCGAAACACGAGAGAGAAGCUUCUGUGUUUUUGCGUGCCCAUAGCUUUCCGCAGUUCACCAGCUUGAGAAGGUGUGCUUGGUUCGUCGACGAUAAAAAAUUUCGUGUGUUGUGGCAGAAAUAAAGACUGUGAAUCAGCUGUGAUGUGUGUUGAAGUUUGAGAUUCUGUGUGUCAUUUUUGUUUUCCCUCCUUUCAUCGGGCAUUACAAAAAAGACAUCUUGGUUUCGGUCCUCAGUGCGUACUGUGUGAAACUUCUGCUUUUGUCGAGCGUGUUAUCUUAGUGCAGCCCUUCGGUAGUUUGAAACAUUUAAGAUUACACGGGAAAGUUGCUGCACAUGUUAGGUACAUGCUCAUGUGUGACGUUCAGGAGACGAUGUCGCGUACUUUGCAUGAAAAACACUGCUACCUGCUCGCCCAGUCAUUUGUGCGAAGUCAUGUGAAUGUGGAUAAAACGAAAUGGAAGGAGGGCAAGUAAUCACGGCGAUGCGACAAGCUGUCUGUAUAAACCCCCUUGCCCACUGUGGUGACCGUGUCCAUCUAGCAUCUCGGAAGCGCCGAGAGAAGGAACGUACAAGACGCACGUCUUUCCAGGCACACCACCUGUGAGCUGUCAUCACCUCUGCAGAUCGCUUGGCGUCGUCCAGGGCUUUGUACCAAGCGCCUCUCACUGUUGUGGUCGGUGCAAGCGCGGUGGAUGAAAAAAAAAAAGAAAUAUCUCAACGUUGUACUAGGUAGGUGAUAGACAAAGGCCUUAGGCUGGUCUCUUUGACGCACACAGCUGCCCCAAUGGUGUGUUUAUGCUGAAAUACAGAAGAUGCUGAUUCGGUUACAUUUUUGUAAUAUAUAGAAAUGGCUGUCACAUUCUGGUUUUGUGGCAGUAGUAUGGUAGAGGCAGAGCAGCGAAUACAUGUGCAUACACGCGUAUAUAUAGAUAUAUUCCUGUGUACGCUGAGCAAAAACAUUUUUAAAUGGGCCAUUUUAUUUUGAGUAUGUCUGUAGUGAUGAUGGUUGGACUGUGACGAAAGGGAAGGGGCUAUAAGUGAGUAGGGGAGAGGAGGAAAGAAUUAGGAGAGGUUGUAGAAGGUGUUGAUUGGUUAGUGUGAGUGAUGAUGUCAUCAUGCCAUGGUGAUCGGACACAGACCUGCACUCUCAUAAUUUCCAUCACAGUAUAUGACGCAUGAAUAUACCAAGCAGCGACUGCUUCAAGCUGCAUCUCCUGGAUUUCGGUGUGAGCCAUCAUUGUGGCUGUGCUGUUUUAAGUUUCUGUGUUAUUUGGAUGUCUAGAUAAAAAUAGCGCAGUACCGAAUUAAGCAUGUCUGCUACAGUAGGCUGUAUAGUUACAAGCUCUGUAGGCGUACUUUAUCAUAAAAUGGGCAUAUUGCUCAAAGAAAGACCAAACUAAGAAUGGCUCACUUUAGAGGGUACGUGGUAAAAAAAAAAAAAAAAAAGAAAAUGGAGUGAUCGACUGGACACUACGGAAGGAGGAACAAGUGAGACAAGUGAUGUUUGUCCUCCUUCCAGAGUCUUUAAUUGGUCACACCGUUUUGUUUUUAUGUUAUGUACUAUAUUUACCAACUCGUCCAGUUGUCACUAUCAUCUUAAGGCGAUUCUUGCAGGCUGUGGUUAGUAUAAGUUGCCAGCCUUGAGCCCCAUGGCGAAACAUUUGAUUAACAUUUCACUCUUGUAUUUGCAUGGAAUGUUGGCGCUGUAUUCAAAACAUUGCUCAGACUCAUCUGACAGUUCUAACCCACGCAUUGCGCAUGUCAAAUACAAAUAAAACGAGUGCUUCAAGUGCAGGUGCUGAGCAUGUCGUGCACGAAUUUGUUUUGCAGUUUCAUCUCUCUGGUAUACAUGCUUGAUGGAGCUGAAAGCUCGAUGUAAUGUACGAUUAAGUUUGUCACUGUUUGUGCGGACUCGAUUGGAUGCGAGUUUACCUUGCAUGAGAAACCUUAUUUGUCUUUUAUGUGUGCAUGUGAUGCAGAUUCCCUGGUGAUAUAAAUGUCGUGUCCUGCUCUUUACCGGCUACAACAAAAAUGUCGUGAUGAAUGUCAUGAGGUGGUUUUUGCAACGAGGGUGCAGACAAUAGGCUAUAGCUUGUGCUGAUGUUACAACACACUCGGCUUUCUCUCUCUCCCCUUGGUUUAUAUAACGAUGGGCGCUAUGCAUCUCGACACUACACGACGUAUCAUUCAUUGCUGCCGUGAUGUAGUGUUUACAAAGAAAUGCAUACAUGCAUGGUGCUUUUCUGCUUGGCACGAUUCUCUUGUGAUCCGUACUUUGGUGCCGAGUUCUUGUGGUACGGCUGUGUAAUUCAUUAAACACGCUGUUGGCGAAAAGCCUGCGGGCUGAAGACGAAACACUUUUUUUGGUUGUUCUUGCCGUCAUCUUGACGUUGUCAAAACUAGCACAGUAGCAGUAGAGAGGUCUUGACCGUUGUGCUACGUCGAUCUCGUCUUGUCACACACACACAAAAAUCUGUCCUCUCCGUGACAUUGUAGUGUGUUUAAGGUAGCAAUGUCCCAUGUUGCGAGGUGCGUACUUCAUUUGAAGGUUGAGGCAGUACUUCUCACGAGUUGCACCCCGAGAUAUGGAGUGCAAUGAUGGCCAAAAGUCUUCGUGCUUGUCUCAGAUGGGCACAUGUUAGCAGUUGACAUAUUUUCUAAGCAUUGCUGUGUGUCCAUUUCUCGAGCAAGUUCCUGCCACUGCAUGCUUGCCUUUGGCACCAGCAGAAAGUCGACGGUGCAAUUCCUUGCUGUUCAUUUUGCUUGGUUUGCAUAAUAAAAGCGCAUGAUCAUUUACAUAGCUUCUGUCACUAAGCAAUCUCCGUAGGCCUCACGAGGCUUGCUUGCUUAAUUGCUCCUCAAUAAAUUGCGCCCACUCACUACUGUGGAUUGGCCAAGGCCUCACCAUUGGUGCAAUUGCGCUUCCAAAGUAUCGGCUUCUUUGUCGACUAGUCAUGGUAUUUUGUAAGGUUAGAACUUAACAAAGAUAAAAUUAGCCAUUGAAGAUGUAAACUAGGGGACAUAUUCAGCAGCACCAAAGGAGGCAUGCAUUUGGCAUUCACUACCAUAUGCUGUUUAGCACAGGGAAAUGUGGAGCUUUUGUGUUUUUGAUGCUGUUUGAAUGGAAACAAAAAGCAGUGCCCAUUCUUUAGUCAUUUGUGACUGCUCAUGCUGUUGUACGCAUACCGGCUCCUCUAUCACUCAGCUCUGCACGUGCUUCAUACUUAGCUGUGGCCUCUGACAUUAUCUAGUGCUGUAUAGUUUUGAGGUAUACAGCGCAUUACUUUUGCCGUUGUAUGACUGAAAAGUUCAUAAAAACAGGAAAACGUGGGAACAAGUGUAUUGACAUUAUGGUAUUGCAUUAUAUUCACUUUAAAUCUGUAUUAAUGUUCCUGAUGCCUAUCACGAAGUUCAGAACUUUCACUGGAUGUUGCAACUUAUCUGUGCUGAGCCUGAAGCACCUUCAUAGUGGCAUGAGAGCUGUCCCAAAAAAGGAAGUUCAUUGUGGCUGUAGUGUGGUUCCAUCGCGCGAAUUUUUCCUAGGCCUUUGAAGGAAUUUCAUUAGACAGCUCCCGCACGUUAUAGUGCCUUGCACAUGUGAGGACCUGUCUGGGGCACUGUUUAGGACAUUUUAUUUCAUUAGGGCGCACUUUGCAGAAAGUCUGAAAUUUGAAGCCUAAUGCAGCAUCCGCUGGUGUCGUUAGCGGAACUGUUCCUUCCGUGUAAGUUCUGUAACCCUAACACCCUUGUAUGAAGAGGUAAGAGCAUUACGGACUGCCACUCUAUGAAGAACAGUGGAGCUCAAGAUCGGCUGUAUUAGACAAGGCCUUAGAGGGGUGCUCGUAAAACCAUGUAUUGCACACCACUCAUCUAUGUUUGUCAUGCAUGGCAAGAAUCAAAUUGACAAAGUGCGCGCGCGAUAACCGCUGCUCUUCUUUUCAUACCAGGCAUUGUUGAUUUUUCUUGAAUUUCGUAAUCUUGACUAAGCUUUCUUCAUAUCCUUCUCGCUGAAUGAUGUACGGAUGCAUGGAAGCAAAUGAGCAGACUUCGUUAGUGCACGUUACCUCCUUUACAAAGUCUACUUCUUAAUGACCAGGAGAAAAGGUGACUUACAAGGUCGCCUUCUUUACUAAUAAACAGCUUCUUUACUGACAGCAUGUGUGCAUGGAAGUCAAGAUGUGAAACUCCAGCGCGUUCGAUGUUCAUGGCGGCAUUCUUACCCGCACCCUUCCACUAGAGGCAGCAAAUGUCAAAACUUGCUUGUUGCACGUCUAGCACUCCGAUUUUUCACCUUUCUAGCCUAGAAAUUUCCUCGAGGACUGUAGGUGCGUAGACUACUUGUAGAGCCAAGCUCUCGUUCACUUCAUUCGUGCUAAAGGAAAUGUUUGAAAUGAGACUUCAACUUUACUGUCCGUAGCAUCGUCGAAAAGCAUACUAUGAUGACUUGACAUCCGUCUGUUAAUGUUGAAAAAUGAAGAUACUUUAGGAUUCCAAGAUGAUAGUACUACCCUUUAGAAGCAGCUGUAAGUAAUACUAGUACUGCGAUUAGUGCGAGUUGGGGAUCGGGCAACUAGCCACCUCUCGGUACAUCAGUUCACCAGCUAAUCAUUAAGUAUGAAUGCAUUAUUACUUACACAACUUGUCAUUGGCUAGAAGAUUUAAUAACUACAGCUUUGGCAAUAAUCGACUAUUAUUGCAAACUAGCAAACUUGCUAUUUAAACAGAACUUUUGAAGUGGACCCUCAAGUCGGUGGAGUCGUUGAUUCUGUUAAAUUUUAUGAAAAGACAAAAGCCGUGCUGUUAUUGCUGACUAAAGUCUCACCUUCUCCCAUGUUAAAUCGCAGGUGUAGCAGUACGUUGCCGCAUGGCCGAUUAAUUAAACACGAAGGCGCUUUGCAGUCUAGCAUAUGAACGGGAAAGUAACUUCGCACCAUGAUUGUGGGCUUCCUACAUGGUAGACUAUCUACGCAUUACCUUUCCAUCCUUUUUGAUAGAGUAUCUACUGCGUCCCAUAGACUCGUGAAAACAUCUGACCAUAGACAGUGUAACCUACUUGUUUCCUAAGGCGUUUUCAAGCAAUAUCUCUUUGAUGUCCACUUCUAAAUGAAUGUGUGUGGUCCACAGACGGUUUGUAAUGUUAAAAAAAAAGGAGGUAAGUUCACUGAAUUAGAUAAUAUUUCGGAUUAUUUUGAAUCACAAAUAGUUAUUGGAAAAAAGAAGCUGCUGUCGACGGUUGCCUUACAAAUAGUUUCUGCAAGAUCGCAGGCCUGUAUUAAGUUUCCACAUCAAAGAGAAGAUGAGUCUGUGACGUCACUUCUGUUCCUCGACAUAAAAUCAUGUGUCGUACAAGAAGAAACUGACAGCCCAAAUGAUGUAGGGACGCGCGCUCUUGUGGUAUCACGUGUUUUUUUUUUUUUUUUCACGCUGUAAAUGUGGAGCGGAGUACCGAAUCUGAUUUGCUGUUACGACGCUUUGUAAGCCUAGCUGUGUACACACGUGAAAAAAAAAAAACAAAGAAAGAAAGAACCAGUCGUAGCAGUGGCAGGAAAUGUGGUCUGGUGGCUAUUGCGUCGUUGCUAUGCUGGCUAUCUCUUGUACAAAUAAAAAAUAUAUAAAGGUGGGAAGCUUUUUACUCAAUGGAAAGCUUUAUUAAUGUCACGCAAUCGACGUACCGUCUACUUGAGUGUUUUGUCAUGGCAUGCAGAUGGGCAAACGGAAUGAAUAAAAAAAGCAUAUAUAUGUAUUUGCAAUGUCAAAGAAGUACGUUGUGUGUGUAUGCGAACACAAUCACCAGUGUUUGUCUGUGGGGUCUUGUGCGAGGGAUGACCGGAUACGAGGGUUUCCAGCGACCCGUCUACGUACUCGUGAAUUUGUCGUACGAACAUUUUUGAACACACUCGAAGCCGCUGGCAUAAAACUACUCCGUAACUGGAAAUGCUUGUCUAUGAAAGAAUGUAGCUUAGAGUCGCCGCAAAACCGCUCUUUAACCCUCUCCCCCCUUUCAUUUUUUCUUGCUUAGCACUGUUUUAUUGAAACUUCUUCAGAUGGAAGGGACAGUGUGUGUUGUGGAAGCACAGCUAUCGAACUUGAUUCUAUUUGACAAACUAUUCCUUCAUUAUUUUGCACAAAGUGUGAGCGGUGUGAAGUGAAGAGCCCUCAUUUUUACACUACCUUUGUGAAAGACAUAUUACACUCUUCUAUACGUUGACUCCAAAGGUGGCCGGUUCCUCUCCGACUGGCUCAGAGAGAGAGACAGGAGUAGACUCGAGAUUGUGGCGAGGUGUGCAGAGUCGCUCGAAAACUCCAAGUUACGUUGAUGUAAUCUGUCAGUAGCGGAGACAUGAUUAUGGUCUGGAAACAUUGUGUCUCUUUUAAGUCCUCCCGCCAGUACAGCACCGCCAGCUUAUAGAGAGACUCGAAGAAUCUAGCGAUGCAGUGCUUGACGACCCCGAAGAUACACAUGCACCAUUUUCCUGUUCACCGAUGGCGCACACAGGACACACACAUUUGAUGGAUACCCGUGGAACUGUUUUAACGCGAGACGGCUGCGGUUUCUAUUUCUCUGUUACGCCCGACUCUUGCAAAACUGUGCGAUUGAUGGAAUGUAAGUGGCCAGUCAGUCUAUCCGAAAAAGUGAUGGUUUCUUCCCUUUGUUAGCUUGUGACACCACAAAUUAUUUAUUCUCAGCACCGCUGAUGAUGCCUUUGCUUUUUCCCUGCUUCUGUGAGUCCUAUGACGUCUCUGUUAUGUGUGUAUUGUGUGUUGACUGUGGACGCGUUGAAUCUCUUCAUUCUUCCUUGUGGGGGAAAAGUGGGAGCUCUUGCGAAUGCGAGCUGUCUCUUUGUACUCUAUUUUUCAUUUGUCUUCACGUCUCCCCAUUUGCGUAUUCUAAGUGUACUCAGAGAUGACAAAGAUAUGGAAAAAAAAACUGUACAUUCUCAGAGCGCGUGCUAUGUAGAUUGAAUGCUAAAUAAAGUUCGGUUCUUCCCAAAGA